AUGUACAGCUGGAGGAGACCCGACCUGAAGCCGGGCUUGCUGGGCGUCAUCAAGUCUUUCGAGGACGCCGCAGGCUAUGGCUUCAUCUACAGCCCCGAAGCCCGGAAGAAGUACAGCCGAGAUGUGUUCCUGCAUCGGAAACAGCUCAAGGAGUUCAAAGUCGGUGACGCCGUUCGCUUCCAGGUGAACGAAAACCGUGACGGCCAUCCUCAGGCCUCCAAGCUACGCCCGGCGCCAGGGGAGACGGUGAUUCUGCCCGAAGAGCCAGCGGCUCCGGUGCCGCAGGAGAAGCCUGAGAAGGAAGUCUUCAUCGGGGAGAUCAAAUCCUUCAGCCCCGUGAACGGUUUUGGCUUCAUCGUCAAUGAGAAGCUGUACGAGAGGUUCAAGCGGGAUGUCUUCCUGCAUGAGAGUCGCAGUUCGAGGGGCUGA